UCCUCUUGAGGGGGGAGGAAAUAGGGUUGGCGCCAGGGGCGAGCAGCAGGGGUCUAGGAUGCGAAUCGAUCCCAGCGCGCGAGGUGAGUGAUGGAGCGCGCGCGGCUACUGCUGUGAGGGAUCCUGGAGAUGGCGGAUUAGCGGGCGAGAAGGAGAUGAGCGGAUAUGAGUAGGUUGUCAUUUAGGCCCCGCCCUGUAGACAUACAUAAGAAGCUCCCGAUUGUCAAGUCCGUGAGAGACCUCGACAAUGAGGAUGGGAUUGGAGUGUCGCGGAUGGUCCAGCACGGGCAUGUGGCGCUGGAUUCGGAGAACGAGCUGGUGCUGGCUACACCGGCUAGACGAGGAGGCGCAGAGAUUCCCACGCCACAGUUUGUGUGCGUGGAUACUUACGAGAAGGAUUACUCGCAGACGUUCACGCAGCCACCGUCUUACUUGCGGAGCCGAGGAGCAAGGAAUGAAGGAACUGAGUUUGUGGAGUAUGACUUGGAUGACGAGGACGAAGAUUGGCUCGAGCAGUUUAGCGAUCGCAAGACACUGUCCCACGAGAAAUUUGAAAGAAUUCUCUACAAAAUGGAAUUGCAGGAUCACAAGCUUCGCGAGCGUGUGGGAGGUUUGCCUUCGACGCUUGGAAUCCCAAUGCCGGUCAUGCUACAGAAGGAUGGAGCACUGGAGGUCGUGCGUGCUCAGAACAUCCGAUCGCCAACCAUUGCAGGCGCCGUGUAUGACUAUUGGAAAUCAAAGCGAGAGCGCUGGGAGAAGCCCAUACUUCGUCGGUUGCAACCACCCCCACCGGUGAACGACACAAAUCCUUUUAAUGUAUUUAGACCGAGGGAGAAGAUUCAUCGUCCUCACACCCGGCGGAUGCAAAGGCGUGAGAACGACGUCCAAUCCUUUGACAAGCUCCGCCAGGUUCGUCGCAAUCUGGAGCAAGCUAGAGCAUUGAUGCUGGCUGUCCAAAAGGUAAGUGGCGUUGGAAUCUUCUUCCACCUUGAUUUGACACUGCCGUCUGCACAGCGUGAAGAGAAGAAGCGCGAGCUGGCCGACUGUGAAGGUCACAUCCAGAGGCUCCAAAUCAAGUAUAAGCACGAAUCCAAAGCCGACGAGGACACGUCGUUCCUCAACAGCGCGUCCCUGUUCCCACCAACAGUGCCCCGGAAACUCUUGUUUCCAAAGCGUAGUGACGACUUGCAAGCAGGCACGGACCAGAUGAACGGGGACGCCUACGAGUAUGCCAACCCCAUGCUGGAAAACUCCUUAGUGGACAGGAUGGACCCCUUGAGAAAGAAGCGCAAGAAACGCUUACCUCUGUCGAGAGGACGACCAGCUAGAAAGUUCCCGAUUCGAUCCAUCGAUACUAUGGAACCGGUGAUGCUGUUCACGAAGCCACUGGAAGCGAGAGAGUUAGCAGACGCUGGUAUACUGCCACCACAAUUCGAGGAGGAAAGUUACCAGUUCCGUGGUAGGAUGGGAAGGGGCGGGCGGAUUGUUUUUGACCGCUGGAACCCGCUAACAAGAACGAGUGUUGGCAACAACUUGCCGUUUUGCUCACUGGCGAAUUAGGAAGUUGUAACUUGUAGUACCUGUGAUCUAAUAAAAUAAUUUUGUUGUAUGGAAAA